UUCAUAUUUUCAAAGGACUAGAUUGAUAAGAUUUUCUUAAACUUUAUUUAUUCAAUAAUCUUGCAUCAAAAAAAUAUGGCUUCAGAGCCCAAAAAGACCAAGACAAAUAAACCCUUAUUUCAGUCUGACCACGAUGAAUUGGAAACAACCGAAAUCCAGAGUUUGUGUAUGUAUUGUCACCAGCAAGGAACAACGCGCUUACUCCUCACCAAAAUUCCGUUCUUCAAGGAUCUAGUCGUUAGUUCGUUUUCGUGCGAUCAUUGUGGUCAUUCAGAUACUGACUUACAAUCGGCGGAUCCUAUUCAAGAAUUUGGGGUAAAAAUGUCAUUCAACGUUGACCCUCAGCGUGACCUCAAUCGGCGAGUCGUAAAAACGGAGUCCACUACGAUAAAAAUCCCAGAAAUUGAUUUUGAAAUACCUCCCGAGUCGCAAAAAGGUAUUUUAACGACAAUCGAAGGAGUGAUGGAUCGUGCUGUACGUGGGUUAGAACAAGAACAACCAGUUAGACGCAUCAUGGAUCCCGCAACUGCUGAAAAAAUUGAUGCUUUUGUUAAAAAAUUAAAAGAACUUCAAACACGAGAAAAACCAUUUAAGAUGAUUCUUGAAGAUCCAGCAGGAAAUUGUCACAUUGAAAAUUACAACGCACCAAAUCCAGACCCGCAGAUGAUAAUUUCACAUUUUGAGCGUACGAAACAACAAAACGAAGCUCUUGGGAUCUCUGCUGCCCCCGCUGAUGGAAAUAACGAAUCUGAAGAGACGGAUAACCCUGCACCAGGAGAGGUUAUGCAAUUUAAAACAAAUUGUCCGAAUUGCAACGCACCAGUGGAUACAAAUAUGAAAAUGGUAGACAUCCCCCACUUCAAAGAAAUUAUCCUAAUGGCGACAUCGUGUGACGCAUGUGGAGAUCGUACAAAUGAAGUCAAAUCUGGCACAGGAUUUGAAGAAAAAGGGAAAAAGAUAACUUUGAACGUUACUGAUGCUUCAGAUAUGAAUCGUGAUUUACUCAAAUCUGAAACAUGCUUUGUGCGUAUUCCAGAAAUUGAUAUGGAAAUUGGGGGUCAUGCGAUCGCAGGAAAAUUCACUACUUUGGAAGGCUUACUGGACGAUAUCAGGGACCUUGUCGUUAAGAAAAACCCUUUUACAGCGGGAGAUAGUGUGGAUGCCGACAUGAGAAAAAAUAUCACAACGUUCGGAGAAAAAUUAGAGAGUCUAAAAAACGGGAAAUCGAAUUUUACAUUCAUAAUGGAUGACCCAGCAGGUAACUCGUAUCUGCAGAAUGUCUACGCCCCAGAAGAUGACCCAGAAAUGAAAAUCGAACUUUAUGAACGGACAUUCGAUCAGAAUGAAGAACUUGGACUGAAUGACAUGAAAACUGAAAACUAUUAAAAGGAACGAUAAAACUUCUAUGGGCAGCCAACGGAGGCGUAUUUAGGAAUCUAAUAGUAUCUAUGAUAGAGCUUAAUAUAUUUGGGAUAUUAAUAUUUCAUAUACCGAACUCAAGAAGUUCUCAAACUCACAACACAUUUAAUAGACUACUCUAAAAAAAAACGUUAAAAAACACCGAAAACGUUGCAAAUUCUGUGAAGAAAGAUAAAAGUUUUAUGAACGGCCAACAAAGGUAUAGUCCGGGAGGGCGUUAUGAAAUUCCUAAUUUUAGGGACUAAAAAACGUUUCAAGCUAUGAAAAAUUGUUAUUUAUGAUACAGUGAAGUGCUGUUUUUUUACAUUUCAAAAAGGGGGUUCCAAAAUUCAAAUUUUAUAACAAAAACUUUGGUUUUCUCAUGCCUUUUUUUCAAUAAACUAUUAAUAAAAACACUCAGUAAACUUCUAGUUUUUUUAGUGCUUUCUUAGUUUCUGAAGAAAAUUUUGUCCUUGAAAACUGAAAAUUAUAAACACAUUUGUAUACAGACCGUUCUAUUCUGGCUUUUUCAAAAAACAAUAAACUCUGGCUGUUCAAUUUGCUCUGAACAUGGCUGAGUACAAUUAGCAACUGAUGUCUAACAAUAUCUAUGAUUGAGCUGAAUUUAUUUGGGAUAUUUGUAUUUGAUCAAAUACAAUUUGUACUUAAUUAUAAAGUUCUCAAACUUUUCGAAAUCACAAUUAAUUUAAAUUAUUUCAAUACAUCCAAAAACUGUAAAAAAAACCUUAGGCCACAAAUCAUUGUAUGCCCUCCCUGACAUUAGAUAAAAAAAAGUUCCAUUUAUAUGCUAAUUUAUUUGAAUACGUUUGAAACAUUCAUGCAUGACCAAGUGUGCAACUUAAGAAAAUUUUGGGUGUGUCACAAGAUAUUAAUUUAUUUCCUAAUAAUUACUUUUGUGCCUUUGUGUUACGUUUGGGGUUUAAAACUGUGGUUCCCAACCAUUUAUAGUUCAUGUCCCCUUGUUUAUCAUUACAUUGGUAUUUCUGUAAUUAUAUUGUUUUUUUCAUUGGUGGAUUUCAAAUCCUAUUAUGUUCAAACAAUUCGUGCUCAACAAAGAGAAAACACUCUUUGUAAUGACCUUAUCAAAGAAAUGAAACUAGGAAGAAUGGGGAAGAAUGUUUCUUGUGAAGGGAAAAAGUGAAAACUGUUUUGCGCCUAGCGUUACCCCCCUAAAACUGCGCUGUGGCCCCCGUUAGGAAUUGCUGGUUUAGAACUUGUCGCAAAAUAUUAAAUUAAAUCUAUUCAAAUACUGUCGAGUCGUGAAGCACGAUACUCAAAUAUCAGACAUCCAGUCACAUAAUCUUUUAUACAGUGUGUCCAAUAAAUUUUUGCCUGAUUUUACAGUAAUAACAAUUGUAAGUUUAAUAAAUUUUAUUGUAUGAUAAUUGAUAAAUAAGAACUACAAGCAUAUUAAGAACUAAUAAUAAACAGAGACAAAGAAAUUUUUGAUUGCUAUUACUAUUAAAUCAGGCGAAAUUUUUUGAACACCCUGUAUUCCCAAAAGAACAGUUGUGUUUCACAUACAUUCAAUUUUAGAUAUUUUGAGACCUUUUUUGAUGUAAUUUAUUGUUAAAUAAAAUCAAAUUUUAUUGCGUCAUGAUUUGCUUUUCCGAACUGUACUGUACAUUUAUCCGUGUGUGAGCAAUCGGAGUUUCAAUCAAUUUAAUGACAUUGUAUUUUUUGCCUGUAG